AAGUAACGUGCACUACUUUAACUAUUUGAUCAAGAUUUAUACAUGGUCUGGUUUUCUUCUCUUUUAUUAAAUUUAACAAAUAAAUAAAAUAAGGUAAGGCAAGAUUGAUACUCACAAUGAAUAACGAGCAUGUUUUUUGACCUCGUGUAAAGAUAGACUUACUUUUAGUGCAAUGAAAAACAACCCCCAACCUGUGUGAGAAAGGGACGCGGACCGGCGCAUCACGUUGAAACGACGCGUCGCGACGCCACAACAGUUAUCCGCGUCAGUUUUACUGCGCGUCUCGUAUACGUCGGUUGUUUUCCAUUUUGUCCGAACCACGUGAGACUUUCCGACAAGCAUAUGCGGACGGCGUGAUAUGGUGUCAUAGUCAAUUAUCCCAUGCAAAUAUCGGCGUCCGAGGGCCCCACAUCACAGGAACAAUGGGGGCCAAUCAGAGUGGGCGCAUCGAUAAGACUUACUACGGACAGGAAGUAAAUUUCGACCACUUCCAAAUCCUGCGAGCCAUCGGGAAGGGCAGCUUCGGCAAAGUAUGCAUCGUACAAAAGAAGGACACGAAGCAAAUGUUCGCGAUGAAGUACAUGAACAAACACCAGUGCAUGGAACGGGACGCCCUAAAGAACGUACUCAAAGAGGUCGAGAUCCUGACAAAGCUCGAACACCCAUUCUUAGUCAAUAUCUGGUUCUCCUUCCAAGAUGAGGAGGACUUUUUCAUGGUCACCGAUUUAUUAUUAGGCGGAGACUUGCGAUUUCACAUACAGCAAGAGGUGCACUUCACGGAGGAAUCGGUCAAGUUGAUGAUAUGUGAAUUGGCUUUGGCACUUGAUUAUCUGCAAAGCAAACACAUCAUCCACAGGGACAUUAAACCGGACAACAUUCUGAUGGAUGAAGAGGGACACUUUCACAUAACCGACUUCAACAUUGCUACCGUACUUGAGGAGGGCCAGCUAGCCACCUCGAUGUCCGGAACAAAACCCUACAUUGCUCCUGAGAUAUUUGAUUGCGCCGUUGAUUUGUGCGUCGGUUAUUCGUAUGCUGUAGACUGGUGGUCUUUAGGAGUUGUGGCGUAUGAAAUUUUGGCAAGAGCAAGACCCUUUGACAUACAUUCAAACACAAGCAUCCAAGACGUCAGAAUUUUGUUCCAACUUGGCUAUGACUUUCCGAAAAAGUGGAGCGAUGAAAUAACUGAUCUGUUGUCGAAAUUGCUGUCCAUUAGUCCAGGUUUGAGGAUAUCAACUCUACAAGAGUUGAAACAAGUCAAGUGCCUUCAAAAAUUUGACAUGGAUAUGGUGUUCCAAAGAAUGUAUAAACCAGAUUUCGUUCCUCCAAAAGACCACUUGAACUGUGAUCCAACGUUUGAGCUUGAAGAGAUGAUCAUUGAAACCAAACCUUUGCACAAGAAAAAGAAAAGGUUGGCAAAACAAAGAUCACUAAGAGAGAUACAAGGAUCUUUAAGCAUUGACAUGGAUGGAGAGUCACCAAUGACAAUGAAGACGUCAUUCAUCCCCGAAUUCAUAAUCUACAAUCGCUAUCAAGAGCUGGAACGUCGCGAAAGGGAGCGUAAAGAAGAGGCCUGGGAAUCAGAACUGGAAAUGGCAAUGAACUCUUCUGAUCCCUUAAAAAGUUCGUCCUCCUCCUCCAUCAACAAAACCACGGAAGAAAAAACUACCAGGAGUCGCAUUGCAAGACAUGCCAAGAAAUGUGGCGUUCUAAAGGUGAACCUGAUGAAAAACUCGCAGGAGGAUAUUGAGGAGGAGGAGUGGGAGGGUUGUUCCCAAGCACGAAUUGGAUACUUAAGUUUGCCUGAUAAGGAGACCUUUAGGAAGGUCGAAGAGGAUGUUAAGCUACAGAACAUAGAGUACAUAGAUAGGACGCCGUCUCCAGUUGAUCGGCCCUGAAAUUUUGUGCAAUUUUUCAUACACAAUUUCUGACCAAUCUGAUUUAAUAAACUAUUUUUUAUAAA